AUGAUGGAGUCAUUUAUGGGUCGAAAUGCAUUUCGAGCAGGUGUCAAGAAUUAUCUUAAUCAAAACAAAUACAAAAAUACUGUUCAUGAGGAUUUAUGGAGAGCACUAACUGAGGCAGCAAAACUUGUAGGGAAAGAUGUAAAUGUUAAAUCAGUCAUGGAUACAUGGAUGAAACAAAUGAAUUAUCCACUUGUUAUUGUUCAACGAAUCAAUAAUGGUCUAUUUCAAUUUGAACAAAAACACUAUUUAGAGCCACCAGAUGCUAAAGCAGCAAAAAAUCCAUCACCAUAUAACUUCACUUGGAAAAUACCACUGACAUAUGGAUCAUCAAAGACUAAUAAUUGGGAUGAAGCAGAUGUUAUUUGGAUGAUGAACAAGACAAUGACACAAACAUUAGAUGUUCAACCGAAUUCAUGGUAUUUAUUCAAUAUUAAACAAGCUGGAUUUUAUCGUGUUCAUUAUGCUGACAAUAAUUGGGAAUUGUUAACUGAACAAUUAUACAAAGACUAUCGAGCUAUUCCACUUCAUUCACGAACACAAAUUCUGGAUGAUUUAUUCAACUUAGCAAAUCGUGCUGCUGUGUCAUAUACCGUCUAUCUAAAUUUGACGAAAUAUUUGAAGAAAGAAGAUCAGUAUGUUGCCUGGGAAACAACACGUCGAGCACUUUCCUAUCUAGACCGUAUGCUUGCUAUGGACGAGAAUUAUGGAGCAUUCCAAGCAUAUUUACGAAUACUUGUAGAUGAACCGCUCAAAUUAAUCGACUGGACUACCAUGAGAGAAGAUACAGAUCAUAUGAAGCACAUGUUACGCUUAACUUUAACAAGAUUGGCAUGUCAAGCUGAACACUAUUCAUGUGUUAAAAUGGUAAAAGAAUAUUAUCAAAAAUGGAUGAACAAUCCUGAAGAGAACUUGAUACCGCCAAGUUUGAGACCAGCUAUCUACUGUACAGCUAUUCGUAUUGGUGGUCAAAAAGAAUGGGAAUUUUUGAAGAGUAAAUUAUUAGUAGUGGAUAUUAAAGAAGAGGAGAAAAGUAGUAUUCUACAGGCACUUUCAUGUUCUCGUGAUAUGUGGAUUAUGAGACUUCGCCUUAUAUCCAAUUGGUCAAACGCUACUUGGGAGCAUAUUCGUGAAGCAUGGAGAUAUAUAUUAAACGAUGGUAAAAACGCUACUCAACCUUCAACGAAAGCAUGUGUACUAACUGUGAUGCUGAAAAUACUAUCAAAGCGCCAUUACACACUGAACAAUAUACCAGAUCAAGAGGAAGUACUUGAUAUGCAAAAUACUGGACAAAAAUUGCUUGAAAAUCAUGUACUCAAACGUGGAUUUGCUGAUCUAUUUAGAAGAUCUAAAGAGAAUGUGAAAUGGACAAAAUCUCAUCGUGGUAUUAUUAGUCAAUGGUUGAAUGAAAAUAUUCCAAAUACAACAGUAUUACUUUAA